AUGGCUUUGGAAAGCAGCAACAAUGACAGCUGUAGAUCAGAGAAACCCAUUUCGCUGGUGUGGGGGUGUGAGCUAACCAGGGAGACGCCAACCUAUACAUUUGAAGUCCCAGAGGAGUGGUCCUAUGAGCAGCAGUUGGCCUUGAGGACGAUCUGCCUAGGGGAGAAAGCCAAAGAUGAAUUUAAUGUUGUGGAGGUUGUACCCCAAAAGGACAGCAAGGAAUCUGCUCCAGUAUGCAUAGCAAACUUGAAACUUUCAGUUCUCCCAAUGAUUGCCACACCAGGACUUGAUCUAACUCCACCUGUCACAUUCAGACUAAAGUCGGGGAGCGGGCCAGUCUAUCUUGCUGGACAGCACAUGACAGCUGUCAGUGCAUGGAAUGAGAGUGAGGAGGAGGAGGAAGAAGAGUCCUUGGAAGAUGAAGAUAUGGAGGAAAGUUCCAAGGAAGAGUCUCCAGUGAAGCCCAUCAAGGCUCCAGCCUCCAAGCGUUCUUCUGCAUCCAAGAAGGAGACAGAACUAGCUGCUCAGGAGCAAUCUCAGCCAAAAGCAGCCGGCAGAGGGAGGAAGCCAGCAGCUAAGAAAUAG